UUUUUCAAUAUAGAGAAUAUAGAGACUAGUAUUGAUCUAAAUUUGAACAUUGAGAUUGAAUAUAGUAAUUCUGACGAACUAUCAGAUGAAAAGUAUAAUGAACCAUUAGAGCUCUAUGAGGAGCAACUCUUUAAAACUACUAAGAAAGCAUAUGCUAAAGUUAAAACUUUUACUAAUUUAUAUGGAUUCAGAAUUCAAAAAAGGUGUGUUGAAAAAGAUGCAAAUACUGGCUAUGAAAUUUCAAGAAUGUUUUUAUAUUAA